AUGCCUUUACUAAGAAAAGAAGAUGUCAUCGAAGGGAAAAUCACAAUGAACCGCUCUCCCAGAAAGAGAGAUGGUGAGGUGAAUGACGCACACACCAUGGCCGCUGAUAGCCAGGAUACCGGAGCAACAUUUACAACUGCUUCCACUGAUGGUAUGAAGCUCAACCGAGAUGUUGAGGAGAACAGUGUCAUCACAUUCGAACCUGAUGAGUAUUCUUCUGCGAUUUUCAGAACACCACCUGUUUCCUCGCGAUCACUUGACGAUACUGAUGAAUUUGCAUCAGCACCUUUGACAUUGGCUUCAUCGUCACGAAAGGGCCCAGGCUCUGUCCAAUCAUCAGCCAUAUCAAAAUCAUCACUACGAAGGCACUCGUCAAAUGAUUCGCCGCUUCUAUCACCAUCGCGCAAUUCCUUACGGAAAGGUGGAAUGGGUUCACAAAUGAAGUUUGUGGAAAGCGAGAGGAGUGAUCGAGUGAAAGAAGUCAUGGAAGAGCUUACCAUCAAUAAACUGAACAUCAAAUCUCUUGGUUUGGUUGGCAGAGAGCAAGAGAAAUCGUUGCUAGAAUCUUGCUUUCAAAAGUUAUGCCCACCUACCACCUAUGGUAACGACUCAAAUGAGGAGCCAAACAGACCUGUCCAGAAUCAGCUUGUCUUCAUCAAGGGGUACAGUGGAAUCGGCAAGUCUGUGUUGGCUCGGACACUGCAAAAAGAUAUCGGAGCAUCGGGUGUUUUUGUAGAGGGAAAGUAUGAAUUCACCUCCACGGAUGAGCCGUAUUCUGGAGUGGCGCAAGCUUUCGGAAAGCUGUGCAAUGAAUUCGAAGAUUGUGGUGAAGAAACGGUUGCCCAUAUCGCAAGCGCAAUCAAAGAAAAUAUGAGAGAAGAAGCUCUCAUGUUGACAAGCCUGAUACCUGAGAUCAGUAUCUUGCUUGACGAUGAAGAUCUAGACUCCGCAAGUGUUCAGAGUGGUCCCAUUUCCGCAGGACGUGAGCAUGAGAGAUGGAAGUUUGCCUUUCGGACGUUCACUCGAAUCCUCGGGUCAUACUUCACUCCGAUCGUCAUGGUACUGGACGAUCUUCAAUGGGCGGACAUAUCCUCUCUUGACAUCUUGGACUACUUAGUUUCUGACGUCCAGAACCCUAAUCCAUUGAUGAUUAUUGGCUGCUUUCGAUCGAACGAAGUCGACGAGAACAGUAUUCUUUAUAAUCGCAUCCAAACGCUACACGGAAAGUCCACGAAAGGUGCCUUUCAAGUAACUGAAAUUGAACUCCAAAGCUGCACUCUCGAUUCUGUGAACAAAAUAAUAAUGUCCUUGAUGGGGAUCGAUGACGAGUCCAAGACCCGAGAUCUGGCAGAAGUAUGCUACAAGCGAACAUUGGGAAACCCUUUUUUCUUGAUUGAAUUCAUGAGGAUGCUGGAUGCCGAAGACUUAAUAGAAUUCAAUUUGGGAUCUCUGAAAUGGGUCUGGGAUGUAGCAAAGAUCGAAAAUGCUACAAUGUCUACAGAUAAUGCCGUGGAUCUCCUCAAAAGUCGCAUGAGAAAACUACCGUACGACGUCCAAUUAUUGUUGCAGUACGCAGCAUGCCUUGGCUCAUCGUUUUCUGUUGCGAUCUUAGAUUUCGUUUGGAGCGAGCACGCAAUGCAAAAAUUAGGAGGAGAAAAUGGCGAUGUCCCUAGCAUGCUGAAGGCUAUCCAAGGCAUACAACUUGUCGAACGGUUUGGGUACGAUGAGCUACGAUGGGUUCAUGACAAAGUGCAAGAGGCAGCCUUAUCCUUGUCAGAGUUGGUGACUCCAUCGUUCCAGUUUGGCCUCGGAAUGUGUCUGUAUCAUGGAUUGGCUUCGACAGAGCUCGACACGCAGCUCUUCGAUGUAGCAGAUCUUGUCAACAAAGGAGACCGUACGGGUGCAAUAGAUGUUGCAUUGCUAAAUCUUCGUGCCGCCAAGAAGGCACGUAAAAUGGCGGCUCUGCAAAGUGUCUCCACGUAUGCCGCCUAUGGAAUCGAGCAACUUCCUGACGACGACAAAUGGACAUUACAUAGACAGAUGACGCUACAGCUGUAUUCACUUGGUGCGGAGAUGGAGUAUGCGCUGGGUAAUAUUCGCAAAGCAGAAGAAUACAUUGGAAUCAUUCUAGACCGCGACGAGUUCACACCAAUGGAAACGUUGUUAUUGAAGAAAAUGAAGGCGCAGAUCCUAGCGACUGCUCAUCUUCGCUGGAAUGAGGCUUGUGAUUACGGUCUAGUCAUCUUGAAGGAUCUUGGAUACAACUUUGCCUGGAAUAGAAAUUUGAUUCCGGUACAGAUGCUGGUAGCGAUUCGAAAUCUCGCAAAGAGGGUCAAGAUGGUGUCAGUCGAAGAUGCCAAGAAUAUGCGUGCCAUCCAAAACAAGAAGCAGAAUGCAGUAAUUGACAUACUGAAGAUGAUGAAGCACCUGACAUACAGCGCAAACGACCUUCCGCUGUGUUUUCUGUGCGUGUGCAAAGUGAUUGAAAUGACACUAGAUCAUGGCAUUGGUCUUGGCUCGGCAGACUGCUUUGCCACCUUUGGCGGGGUGCUAAUGUUUCUGUACAAGGACCACGCCGCUGCAUCUCAUGUUUGUGAUUUAGCAUUUGCAUUGCAAAAGAGAAGUGGCAGACGCUACAUUGCCGACACGAUGCAUAGUACCUGGGCAUUUGUACUUGUUCAUAUGAGGCCAUUGCACGAAGGAUUGAAUUUGACAAUGGAAGGAUACACCCAAGGGCUGAGAGACGGCGAUCCUCUGGAUUCGACAAAUUGUCUCAUCAAUCGAUUCGUCCUUCUUCCGUACAUGAUGGGUCGUCCUCUUGAUACGAUCAUCAAAGAGUUCCCAAAGAUUGCACCGCAAUUGGAAGAAUCAGGGAUUACCAACAACAUAUUGACAUUGAAAGUCUGGUGGCAAAUGAUGCUAAAUCUUCGGAUGCCCCCUAGUGAGGAGUCAAAGAAAUUGGAAGGAGAGGAGUUCCGUCAAUCUGAGGAGAAAGCCGAUAGCAACAUGUACGUUGGCAAUGUGAAUCUUGCCAUUGGGGAACUACUGCUAUUCUUUGGGGAAGAUGAGGAACGCGCAAACCGUCUACUCGGCGAAGAAAAGGGAAAGACCUAUUCAGAGCUUGUUCAAGGGUAUCCUCCGCACGGGAUCGAGACUUUCCACCGUGGCAUUGCUUGGUUUACCAUGGCUCGAAAAACUGGAAAGAGAGGACACAAGUCCAGAGCGAUCAAGAUAAGAAAGGAGGUUGCAAAAUGGGCCGAAAAAGGGAAUCCAAAUGCAAAGGAUUAUAAUCUGUUUCUGACUGCGGAAGAGGCAGCGUUGCACAAAAAGUACCAGAAGGCUGAUGCUCUUUACAAGCAGGCCAUAGUACAUGUUUGUCGAAUCGGUCACCUCUUUCAUGCUGCACUAUACAAUGAGCGAUAUGCAAAAUACCGGCUGGAUGUACACGGGGAUGACGACGACUGCAAAUACCACAUGGGAGAAUCGAUUCGGUAUUACGCUGAAUGGGGGGCAUUGGGCAAGGCUGAUCAACUGAGACAGGAAUUUUUGUAA